AUGAACACCUACUACAGCCUCUUCGUUUUUUUCCUCCUCCAAAUUGCGCUAAAGUAUAGCAGAGCAGCUGUCACGGUAGACACAAUAUGCAAAAAUGGACAUCUGGGUCAAAUGAGUAACCACUUUAAGUGUAUUUGUAACGAAGGGCUGGUGCACGUUUCCGAAAAUACAUGUGAAGAAAAAAAUGAAUGUAAGGAGGAAACCCUAGGCAAAGCAUGUGGGGAUUUUGGAAUGUGUAUAAAAGGCCCAAGCCCAGGACAGGAAAACACGUACAAAUGUGGUUGCAUUGAGGGCUACACCAUGAAGGAAGGAUCUUGUGUGCUUGCAGUAUGUCAAUAUAAAAAUUGUGGAGAAAGUGGUGAAUGCAUUCCUGAAUUCAUGACGGAAGUCCAAAGUGCAGGAUGUUCAUGUGCUAUUGGCAAAGUUCCCAAUCCAGAAGAUGAAAAAAAAUGUACCAAAACGGGAGAAACUGCUUGUCAAUUAAAAUGUAAUACAGAGAAUGAAGUUUGCAGAAAUGUUGAAGGAGUUUACAAGUGUCAGUGUAUGGAAGGCUUCACGUUCGACAAGGAGAAAAAUGUAUGCCUUUCCUAUUCUGUAUUUAACAUGCUAAACCUCUCCCUCUUCUUUAUCAUCCUGCUAGUCCUUUCAUACGUCAUAUAA